ACUCAGUUGCGCACAUGUUCGCCGUUUCCUUGGUAACAACAAUUUACCAUACACGUUAGCGAUUUAUUUAAACAACAUGGACAUCCAGGAACGAAAUGUGCGAGGCUGUGGAGAGAACAUCGUAGAAAUGGUUGACAUGGAAGAAGAAAACUUUGCUAUUUCAAGUUCCUCAGCAGCAGACGCAGCUUUUGAUGCGGUUAUUGGCUGCAUAGAGGACAUCAUCAUGGAGGAGGAGUUCCAGCAGCUUCAGCAGAGCUUCAUGGAGAAACACUACCUGGAGUUUGAGGACUCUGACGAGAACAAGCUCAGUUACACGCUUAUCUUCAAUGAGUAUGUUGACCUGCUGGAGAAACACCUGGAGCAGCAGCUGGUGGAGAGGAUCCCCGCCUUCAACAUGAACACUUUCACAGAGCUGCUAAUGCAACACAAAGAGGAAGUGCCAGGUGACAUCUUUGACAUGCUGCUGACGUUCACGGACUUCAUGGCCUUUAAGGAGAUGUUCCUGGAAUACAGAACUGAGAAGGAGGGCCGAGGUCUGGACCUGAGUCAAGGGCUGGUGGUCACAUCUCUGAUCCCUGCAGGCUCCAAACACAUCGGCUCCACUCAAUCCCAGUGACACUCACACUCAAAAAGUCAAACAUUUAUAUAACAUUUUGUCCAUUGCCUUCACAAAGUUGUGAGCUUGUUUUUUUUUUUUGUGGUACUCUAAUGGUGAGCUGCUGGAUACACUACCCAUAAAUCUACAGUUUGUGUACAAAUGACCCAUAACGGCAAAUUCAUAAAUGCAUUCCUCUGGGUUUUAUGUGGCAGGUGGGAUGGUAUGGGUGUUUAAGAGGCUCUUUGUAGAUAAAGAGUGAAGAUGAAAGAUUUUGGCUUCUUUCUGCUCCCUAAGCACUGCACUGGACAUAAUGACUACUUGAAAUAUUCAAAUUAGUUUAACUGUAAUCUGCAGGUGAGAGGCCUAAUCCUGGUGUUACAUAUACUCUUAUUUCUGUAUAUUUUUAUCAGGAGUUUGCAUUUAUUAGUUCUGCCUGAUUGGGGAGAAGGAACCCAGUAUUGUGGUGCUGGUACUAGAUUUGUCUGUGUGUUUUUCAGGUCAUCUUACUCAUUCUUCUGCUAAUGGCAUCACCAAAUCCCCUUGUAAGCAGGGGAAACCAUUUGAUAUGAUUGAAUGUUUGGCUCUGCUCUCUUUGCCUGGUAUGUUUUUUUUUUAUUUUUUUUAUUAGGAAUAUAGCGGAACUAAUAUAUGUUUUAUGAAGUUUUAAAUUAUUUGGUCAGUUUGAACUCAUUGGAUUGAGUUUUGUGCCUAUGAAAGGGAUUUCUAAUGUACUUAGUGAUUGUGUGUGUGUGUGUGUGUGUGUGUGUGUGUGUGUGUGUCUGCAAUUAGAAAUAAAAUCUACAGUGUAGUUUUCAGUACAACGUCAAAGUAUUUUCUACUUGUCUUAACAUGACAGCUGUAAUUGUAAACGUAUAUUUAUGUCACCGGUGAAAUACUGUUGUCUAAUUUGCCAGUAAAAAGAUAUUUUUGAAAUAAACAGGUAAAAGCCUUA